CACGCGCUCCGCGAAGAUUGGAGCGACAGUCGUGUUGCCAUGGGCCGGAGGAGAGCGCCCGGCGGUGGGUCGCUGGGUCGGGCGCUUAUCCGCCAUCAGACUCAACGGAGUCGUAGCCACCGUCACGCCGACUCCUGGUUGCACACAAGUGAACUCAAUGAUGGCUAUGAUUGGGGUCGUCUUAAUCUUCAGUCAGUGACUGAACAGAGCUCCCUUGAUGACUUCCUUGCAACUGCAGAACUUGCAGGAACAGAGUUUGUAGCUGAGAAACUUAAUAUUAAGUUUGUGCUCCCCGAGGCUAGAACUGAACUGCUGUCUUUUGAGGAGAACCAGAGGAUUAAGAAACUCCACGAAGAAAACAAACAGUUCUUGUGUAUACCAAGGAGACCAAACUGGGACAAAAAAACUAGCCCAGAAGAACUCAAACAGGCAGAGAAAGAGAACUUUCUAGAAUGGAGACGUCAGCUUGUCUGGCUAGAAGAGGAACAAAAGCUGAUACUGACUCCAUUUGAACGAAAUUUGGACUUUUGGCGCCAGCUCUGGAGGGUCAUUGAGAGAAGUGAUAUUGUGGUCCAAAUAGUAGAUGCUCGAAACCCACUCCUGUUUAGAUGUGAGGAUUUGGAAUGUUAUGUGAAAGAAAUAGAUGCCAAUAAGGAGAAUGUUAUUUUGAUAAACAAGGCAGAUUUGUUGACUGCCGAGCAGCGGAAUGCCUGGGCCACGUACUUUGAAAAAGAAGAUGUGCAGGUUAUUUUCUGGUCAGCUUUAUCUGAAGCCGCUCACCUGAAUGGUGACUCUAAGGAACAAGUAAACGGAGAUGCUGAAGAAGCCAACACAACUGUGUUUGAAAACUCCAGUUUCGAUGAGACUGAAAUUUCACACAAUGAGUUUGAACAUCUCCUGGGCAGGGAUUCUCUCUCACCCAGCGAAGACUCCUCUAGUGAUGAAGGCACCAGUGAAUAUGAGGACUGUCAGGAGGAGGAAGAGGAAGACUGGCAGACAUGUUCAGAAGACAGCAGCCCUGACGAAAAGGCCUAUUUCCAGGACUGGAAAAAAAGCUGUACUAUGGAUUCUGAGGCUCAGGGCAGGAAAACACAGAAGAGGCAGACACACAAUUUUAGCCACCUGGUGUCAAAGCAGGAAUUACUGGAGCUCUUCAGGCAGCUGCACACUGGGAAGAAGGUGAAAGAGGGGCAGCUUACUGUUGGACUGGUCGGCUACCCUAAUGUUGGUAAGAGUUCAACAAUCAACACCAUCUUGGGCAACAAGAAAGUAUCUGUGUCUGCUACACCUGGUCACACCAAGCAUUUUCAGACUCUCUAUGUGGAGCCUGGCCUCUGCUUAUGUGACUGCCCAGGCCUGGUGAUGCCAUCUUUUUUGUCUACCAAGGCAGAGAUGACUUGUAAUGGAAUCCUCCCAAUUGACCAGAUGAGAGAUCAUGUCCCACCUAUAUCACUAAUUUGCCAGAAUAUUCCAAGACAUGUUUUAGAAGCUACCUAUGGCAUUAAUAUCAUAAAGCCUAGAGAGGAUGAAGAUCCUCAUCGACCUCCAACAUCAGAAGAACUAUUGACAGCUUAUGGAUAUAUGCGAGGAUUCAUGACUGCACAUGGACAACCAGACCAGCCUCGAUCUGCACGCUAUAUCCUGAAGGAUUAUGUCAAUGGUAAACUGCUAUACUGUCACCCUCCUCCUGAAAGAGAUCCUGUAACCUUUCAGCAUCAACACCAGCAACUCCUAGAGAACAAAAUGAAUGCUGAUGAAAUAAAAAUGCAGCCAGGGAGAAAUAAAAAAGCAAAGCAGAUUGAAAAUGUAGUUGACAAAACUUUUUUCCAUCAAGAGAAUGUGAGAGCUUUAACCAAAGGAGUCCAGGCUGUGAUGGGUUACAAGCCUGGGAGUGGCAUGGUGACUGCAGCUGCUGUGAGCUCUGAGAACGGGGCCGGGAAGCCCUGGAAAAAACAUGGCAACAGAAAUAAAAAAGAGAAAAGCCGUAGACUCUACAAGCACCUGGAUAUGUGAACUUGGGCUGCGACGGAAAUGGCAUCUUUGUUGUGCAGGUGGAAAAGAGCAGAACUCCUGGUUGCCUGUGGAACUUUUCCAAGACACAGGCACUGUAGAAUGGACCCUGCUCUUGUGGUGUACAACUGAACCCAGCAGUCUUAAUGUCAAGACUGAGGGGCUCCUGGAAACAUCAACUCUGACUGAAAGUAGUCAGCUGGGAGCCCCAGAAACCUACUCCUAUAGAAAGCUGAACUUAAGAUGACGGCAUGGGGGGCUAGCUGGUUGCUCAGUUGGUUAGAGCGCAGUGUUAUAAAAACAAGGUUAAAUGUUUGGUUCUCCAUCGGGCCAGUCACCAAAGGAAAAAAAAAAAAAGAUGAGGAAUAAAUUAUGUGUAUUUGUCUGUGUAAACAUAUGCACAAAUGCAUACUAAUUUGUAAGGCAAGGGAAUUUUUUGAAAAGAUGAUAAAAUUGCCACAAACA